AUGAUUAAACGACCAGGAGAUACACGGUGGGGAUCACACUACAUCACUUUGGUGAAUUGUAUUUCAAUGUUCUCAUCCAUUUGUGAGAUACUUGAGAUAAUCAUAGAUGAUGGAUCAAAUUCUGAACAAAAAUAUGAAACAAAGGUUCUAAUGAAUUCAAUCCAAUCAUUUGACUUCGUUUUUCAUGUGCAUCUUAUGAAAACUAUCUUGGGAAUCACAAAUGAUUUAUCUCAAGUACUACAGAGAAAAGAUCAGGAUAUUGUGAAUGCAAUGAAUUUGGUCAAGAUUUGUAAAGUAAGAUUACAGUUAAUGAGAGAGUCAGGAUGGCAAUCAUUGUUGGAUGAAGUUUCAAGUUUUUGUAAUAAGCAUGUUAUUGACAUGCAACUUCAAGAGUUAAAUAAUCGUUUCAGUGAGAAAAGCACCGAGUUGCUUCUUUGUGUGGCAUGUCUCAAUCCAAGCAACUCAUUUACUGCUUUUGACAGACAAAAGCUCAUUUGCCUUGCACAAUUUUAUCCUAGAGAUUUUUCAACUACGGAGCUUCUUAUUCUUGAAGAUCAGCUUCAAAAUUACAUCAUUGAUGUGUGUUCAGAUAAUAUGUUUGUUAGGUUAACAAGUAUUGGUGAUCUUUCUCAAAAAAUGGUGAUAACAGCUAAAGAUAAAGUUUACCCGUUAGUCUAUCGGUUGCUUACCUUAGCAUUGAUCUUACCAGUUACAACGGCUACUAUGGAGAGGACAUUUUCUGCUAUGAGCAUUAUAAAGACUCAGUUGCGUAAUCGAAUGGAAGACCAAUGGAUGCAUGAUUGUCUUGUAGCAUAUAUUGAGAGAGAUUUAUUUGAUAAGAUAGAUAAUGAAGCUAUUAUGUAUCGAUUUCAAAAUAUGAAAUCUCGUAGGGGACAAUUGUGA